UCUCCAGGUUCCAUCUAACUCUACGACGGGGACGGUGGUGCUGCCUGCAUCUUCCACUGGGACGGUGGUGUUGGCUGCAUCUCCGCCAGGUCCCUGCUUCCCCUACCUCGGUGCUGUGUGUGGCUCCUUUGACUGGAAGGCCGAUCUUAACUACCUCGUUGUUCUUUGAUGUGGAGAUCAUACCUUUGGGCUCCCCUGAUCUGUCUGCGGCAAGUGUGAAUGCUCAGCCAUCUCUAAUAGCAAGCAAACCAGCCAUGGUUUAGAAACCUGAGCUAUCAGAGUUUGUGCUGAACCGGUUGGUUCAGCUCGUCCAUAACGGCGUCUGCUUCAACAUGGGAUUCAAGGAGGAGCAGAUGAAGAAGGUAGCCGUGGAUGUUCUUGCAUUCGCUGGCGUACAUGUCACCACUCUUCAGCUGUACAACCACAUCAGAAACUGGAGGACAAAGUGGAGCGUCAUCACGAAGAUGAAAUCCAAUCGCAUUCUAGACUGGAGCGAAGUUGGUUGCUGCUUCUACGGCGGUGAUGAAGGGGCGGCGGACAAGUACAUCCAGCGGUACCCGAAGCACCGUCAGUACGUCGGCACCCCGAUCACCAACUACGCUCAGAUGAAGACGAUCUUCACUCCCCGGUUCGUCUGCAAGGCGUAGCUCUUCCAGCAUAACUUGCUGGUCAGGGCUAUCGACUUCAUUGCAGACAAUAAAGCCGAGUAUGCCGCCUACCGUA